AUGGCACCCGGCAAGAUUGAGGAGUUCCAAGACUCUGACUCCGAUGCUGAAUUUGAGGAUGUUCCAAUGACUCGAAGAAUCGGAGGGGAUGAUGUGGAAAUCCCGAUAUCCCGGCCCUCGCCAACCUGGACGCCAGCCCUUUCACUUCCACCACAACGAGCUGGGCCUCUUGCCUCAGGUUCCGAAGAAGAAACUCAACUCCGCGGACAGAUCAGUACAGGAGUUGAACGAGUAACCUAUCGCAAGAUGAAAUCCGACAUGGGUAUGGACGCACCCGACACACCUCCGACACACCGCAGGUAUGACAGCUUUGCUCAGCUAGCAGACGAUGUGAGUGGACUAGUUGAUUUGCUUUGGGCGUCUGCCACGCCGGCAAUCCAAACGGAGGCUCUUAUAACUCUAGCUGGACUAACUCAAACCUCUCUCCCAUCAUUCGCAUUUUCGGCCGAAGCUACCCUGUCAAUUUUCCACAAAUUUGACAGUGUAUUUGCAGCCUUGUGCACCAGUACGCAUCCCAUCACCGGAGCCGCGCUGCCAGGCGCAGUAAUUGGCCAAUCUCUCGCCACGGAGACGCAGAAGGUACGGAUUCGCAGCUUGGCCGAAAGAACGAGGCAUCAGGUCUUUUCUUGUUUGGCUACCUCAGGUGCCUCUGCCGGCGAUGAAGAUGGCGAUGAGGAACUUGAGGAACCCGAUGAGCCGUGGAUGUUGGAGGCUACCAAAGUGUACGAGAAGAGUCUAAUGUUGCUUGCAGAGCAGAAUGAUGUAACGGUGGAAGGAGAUGAGUUUACAUGUUGA